UGUGUGAACUCUGCGACUUUUUCUUCAGAUGGAAAGUUGCUCAUCACUAGCUGCUCCGACGGUCACAUAUACACAUGGGACCUCACCGCUAUCGUCAACAAAGCUGAUGCUACACUACAACCAGCUCCAAAGGUGAACGGUGCUGCUCGAAUACCCCCAGGUUUUUUUGAUGAUACACUGCGAGAGGCUAAUUUGCGCACUGGUCUAUCCCAAUCCCAUGGGCCUACUCUAGCACCGAGUCAAAGCACCCUCAGUCGCUUAUCCACCUUUUGGCGUCUCUUCAAGCCACACGGGGCAACUGAAUCAGACAUCCAGCCCCGCUCCCGAUCUCUCAGCUGGAAUCGAAACCGAGUAUCUGGUAUACUACGUAGACGAGAUGGAUCGGACGUUCAGUUGCGAGAGGUCGACGUCCCUUACACAGCGGGCAAACCUAGGAACUAUCACGCAAGAAAGAAGAAGUCAGCUCCAAGCUCAUCUCGACCUUCCAAUGCUUGUACUGCGCAAAAUCUUAGCGGACCAGCACAAAGUGCAUCACCAUCAUCACAGCUACCACCUUCAACUACUACCUCGGCACUUUCUGCCGUCCCUGGUACUACUGGGGCAGGGGAAACAAUUUCACAUCCGCAUAUCACUAGUGCUGGAUGGCGCGUUCGCUUCGUGGGCUGGGUUUGCUGCAUACCUAUUCAGAACGCAGACAGUCACCCUUAGAGGCGCAGUCACCACGGUACUUGCUCCUGGAAUGACAUCGCGACGUGAUAUCACUCACACAGGCCGUAACUCAUUUUUUGCCCUGCGCCGGCUCUGCAUCUCUUGAGUACACACAACGAACCUCAGGGAAGAUCUUCGUAGUUCUUAUUGUCCAUUGGCAUUGUCUAUCCUCUGCUCUAGUUUCCCAUGGCCAUC